GCUCUGAUUGCACUCCUCUUGCGUUCCUGUGCGUUUCCUUUUGGCAACUCCAGCUCUUGCCUAAAACCCUCGCAAAACCCUACCAAGUGGCAUCAUUCCUGGCGAGAAGUGCAGCGGGGAAACCACUUGCUUAUUUCUUCGCAUCAAUCCUCUCCCCUUAAAUGGCCGCCGCGGCCCCCCUGAAGAGCCCUAUUUUGAUCGCAGAAACCCUAGCCCCGUCGGCGAUGGCCGGUCCAUGUAGCCCCUCACCUAGCGGCGCCCAGUCGCCCGAACUCUCCUCUCCGCCUGGAUUCGAGGCCUUCGAUUGGUUCCUCUACGACGCUUGCCCGGACUUCGAUCCCGUGAAGGAGUGGCUCGUCGAUCCCGACCAGUUCCCGAUGCCCGAGGUCGAAGGCAAUGGCCCGACCAAACCGGAUGGCUCCGACGAUCGGAAGAACGUCGAAGGAUUCGGCGAGAGUUGUUCCAAUCGGGAUGCUGGAUCCAGGACGACGACCGAAUCAGGGCUGAAAGAAGACUUCAUGAAAACGUCGAUCGAUGAAAAGAUGGGAAAGGUCACCUUGGCCGAAGACUCUGGGCAUCAUCAUCAUCAUGGAGGAGAUUCCUGUACGGAAGCAGCGGAAGCGAACGUGAACGCCGGUGCAGUGACUAAUGUGAGUGCUUUAUAUGGCGGCGAUGGCUCUUCUUGGGGUUCCAGUGUUGCCGAGGGAGGGAAUGGAGCGAGGGAAGUCUGUACAGCCAGUGAUUCGAUAAAGGUGGCCCAGGAAAGCUAUGAGGAGAGCAGCAAAGCAGAGACUGAGGAAUCAGAAGAGGACAGUGAGUCCUCUGGUGAUGGUUCCUCCUCCUCCUCCUCCUCUUCUUCAAGCAGCGAAGAAGAAGAAGAAGAAGGUGACGGUGAUGACAUCAAGGAUCGAAGCAAAGGAAAGGAGGUAGAUGAGGCAGAGGAGGUGGAAGAGGGUGAGAUUGUUGCUAGUGAUGAGAAUGAAGAGGAGGAUAUCAGAGGGCCCAUCAGGACCCAGCAUGAAGUCGAGGUCCUUCUACCAGUUCCUAAAAUCGAAGUAUCCUUGGAACCACAUCAUCAGACUUUACCGGUGGGGGUCAUAUCAUCCAUACUGGCUAACCGUGUAAUUGUCAACGGUUCAGUGAAACACAAUCCUCUCAACGAGGGUUCCAUUCUGUGGAUAACAGAAACAAGGUCACAGUUAGGUCUGGUAGAUGAGAUAUUUGGACCUGUCAAGAACCCCUACUAUGUUGUUAGGUACAAUUCAGGCCAGGAGCUACCUGUCGGAAUUAGUGUGGGAACCGGUGUCUCUUUUGUCACGGAGUUUGCGAACUGUAUCCUCAAUGCGAAAGAAUUUCAUAAGAAAGGAUAUGAUGCAUCCGGUGAGCAUGACGAGGAGCUGAUGGAUGAGGCGGAAUUUUCUGAUGAUGAGAAAGAGGCUGAGUACAAAAGAUCCCUGCAGCAGGCAAAGAGAGGCCAUAACAAUAGGCCACAUGGGAAUCAAGAAUCAGUAUCUGACAUGAAGAGGACCAAUUAUGAGGAUGCUGCGGUUCAAGAGGACAUUGCGGCUCCUGCACCUCAUGCAUCGGUAGCAAUGAGCCAACCACUAGUUGGUGUUCCAGGGUCCCUUCAGGCAACACUAGAAACAAGUAAUUUGGGUCGUGGUAAGAUUUCUUCUUUUCAAGCUGGAAAUCCCAGCAUGAGUGCUCCUGCCAUGGUACCAGCAGUUCCAUCUGCAGUGCCAGCUGACAGUGGUUUUAGUGGUCUGUCUCGGCAGGCAUUACAGCAGCAGCCUAAUGCUGUUUCAACUCAUGGAUUUCCUCCACAUCAGCAUCCAAAUGCUGUUUCAACUCAUGGAUUUUCUCCACAUCAGCAGCCAAAUGCCAUUUCGACUCUCGGAUUUCCUCCGCAGCAGCAGCCAAAUGCCGUUUCGACUCAUGGAUUUCCUCCGCAGCAGCAGCCAAAUGCCGUUUCGACUCAUGGAUUUCCUCCGCAGCAGCAGCCAAAUGCCAUUUGGGCCGACGGAUUUCCAUCCCAGCAGCAGCCAAAUUCCAGUUGGGGUAAUGCUUUUCCACCUCAGCAGCAGCCAAAUGCCAGUUGGGGUAAUAAUGCAUUUCCACCUCAGCAGCAGCCAAAUGCCAGUUGGGGUAACGCAUUUCCACCUCAGCAGCAGCCAACUGCCUAUUGGGCUCCUGGAUAUGCACUUCAGCAGCAGCCAAAUGCCACCUGGAAUCAUGGUUUUGUGCCUCAGCAGCAGAAUAUGGGCAUGCAGGGAGGAUUUCUGAUGAACGUAUCACCAGGUCAGCAGCCAGGAGAAAACACCUACAAUCACCUGCAUCAAAAUCAAGCUUUUAAUAGUUUUCCAAAUGGAAUGCUAUAUCAGCAGUUAAUUUCUAGUCUCGCAGCCCUGGCCAACACCACCUGGCUGGGUCAGCCAGUGAAUCCAUCUGCUUGUACCAUGCCCCUCGGGUCAGGAGCACAGGGAAACUUCAGCCAGGUAACAUUUGGGGGCAAUAAUAUUCCAGAACAAGGGAGUCCAAGUUUUUGUAGCGUGCAGAAUCAUGAACAGCCACCAACAGCCAUUGCUCAGGGGGGUGCCCGACCUUCUACUCAAUUCAAUCCGGGGAGGUCAUUCUUUCGUGGUAGGAAGCCUCAUUAUAGAGGAGGUCGUCGUUCUUUCGGCCGAGGUGGCCGACCGCAGCGUGGGUAGAGAAUUUUGUAUUUAUUGGAUUGCAUGCCUUUUUUUCCUUCUUUAUGUUAGCUUACUUGCUAUAUUGCUGAUACUUUGGUUGUUUUUUCUGACCGGACAACUUUUGUGGACAUGCUAUGUAGUGGUUGAACCUUCAAAUAUCUUGCAUCCUUGACAUCAAAGGAAAGUUGUUCUGAAAAAUGCAGCAUAGGGAAGGUUACUUGAUCUAUGUCUGCAUCCCUUCUACAAA